AUGUCCUUCCCAGUCGGGGAGAUUGGGAUCGUUAUAACAAUCGCAAAGCUCCUCUAUAAGCUGCAACAAGAUUAUGCUUCAGCACCUGAUGAAGCUACUAAUCUCUCAAACGAGCUCGAACAUUUGCAACAUUGCAUUGCACCGCUCCAAAAAUCUCCACCCCAGAGCGCCAUCGACAGAAAACGUCUCGAGACUGUAUUGAAACCAGUGCUCAAUCUCCUUGAACAGAUUAACGAAGUGUGCGACAGGUACUCUGAUCUGAAAUCGGGACGAAGAAUAUGGGACAGAGCGACGUUUCCAAAGACCAAGGUACAUGCUUUGCAAAAACAAAUCCACAGCCAGUUUACCGGGUUGACUGUAUUCAACAUGGGUUUGCAGAAUAAAACCUUGGCAAAGAUUUCAGACAUCCUGGAAGAAAUCGGUGGUGUUCUAAGUCAACGAUUCGCAAAUAAUGAGAACGGCUGGGAACUCGUUGUUGCAGAACUUGAGCGCCGAGGACUCAGACUCAGCAAAGAGGCUGCAGCGACAUGCAAAGAACCUAUCAAACAACAUCUGGAAGCUCUCAGCGAGGUGGAGCAAGCUGAAUCACAACUCAUGGUCUACGAAAACACAACUAUAGGGCCAGAUGAUGCUGUUGACGAGGACAUUGCGGUAGGCCCACCAACACCCGCUCAUCUUUCAUCUCUUGUAUGUCCUGGAGCCGCCGCUCUCCAGAGUGGCAAACAGGAUGUUAUCAAGCAAAGUAAGAAUCACUUACUUCAACACUUCGGAGCUUCCAAAUAUGAAAUCAUUUGUCGGCAUUGUUCCUUCCAUGGCUUUCAAGAUGAACCUCUCAAGAGUAAAGAUAAGCCUUACAACACGCCACUUUUCUUUGCUCCUCGACAAGAAGCUCUGAAGCCGUCGUCGGUGGAAUAUUACUUCGAAGUGCAUAGACGUAAUCGAUCCGAGCAUGACGGUAUUUGGUACCACACUAUUUUCUUCUGGAAGUGUCACAUCAAAGCGAGAGAGCCUCUCCUGCACAUCUCAGCACGCUAUCAAUGCGUAUUCUGCCCUCUGGCAAAUGCAUAUAGCAACACAUACAGCAGAGAUAGUCUGCUUGAACACAUCCGGAAGCAUCAUGUCCAGACGCCACCGCCGCGUGAGCUUCGAGAGAAGUUCAAUGUCUGGAUAGAUGACAAAAAUGCACUCUUCCUCAAAGACGAAGGGAGGAUGCAGGAACAGCCGUUCGAUAUCAUGAUUCCAAAAGCAUACGGAAGGACCGAUUAUUUGAAGGCGGAGCGUGCAAAGCAUCAAGCGGAUAUCGUGGAAGCAGCUAACGCACAAUCUCGAGCUAGAACAAAACAAACAUCAGACGCAAACAUAAGGGAGCAAGUCAAGGAACUUCACUGGGUGGCGGUUAGGAAAUAG